AUGGCCGCCGCGUUCUACUGGGAGUGCGAGGCCUUCCGCGUGGCGGUGGCGCCGUGGAGCAGCGAUGCGAGUCGCCAGCGAGCGGUGAGCGCGCGGGUGUCAGUGGCAGAGCAGCGGACGCCGGGCUUCGCGCUGCGUUUCGACUUGGAGCUGCUGACGGAGGCCGGAGCAGAGACGGGAGGCGUGUUGACGCCCAGCGGGUCCUUGAUGCGGCUCGUGAACCAGCGGCAGAUGCUGCGCGCCUUUGAGUUCGCGUUCGUCGGACCUGACGCCGAGCAGCGGCGGCCGCCGGGCGGGGAAGAAGGCGGCAACGAAUUAUUGGACCGGCAGCUGAAGAAAUGGCUGGCGGGCGGCGGGCAGGUGCCUGCGCCCCCGAAGGAGGAGCUCGCGGGGUGGCUGCUGGCCUGGAUGAUCCAGCCACUGAAAAAGAAAGCAUCGGUCCGAACCAGCAGUAGUCGCAGUUUAGGACACUCUUUCGCUUCGACUGCUUCAACUGAGCAGAGCGAGAAACCUUUACUCAAGCCAACAAUCGUACGGCUGAAUCCACGUCUCGACUCGUUGGAUGUAGUUAACCUUGAGGAACCAUCUGACGAGUGGAGUGAAGACCGACGACACUUUCAGCAGGAACUCAAUGCAUCACGGCGUGACGUACAAACUGCAAAGUGCCAGCGUGACAAGGUCGAGCGACUAGCGCAACUCCGUCACACACAGCUCCUGAAAGAGUCUGCGCGUAAGGUGCGCGUGAACGAACAGAAGCGGCGCGAUGCACAGGCUGUCCGACAGUUGAUAGCGGAUACACUGGAGUACCGCGAUGAGUUGAGCAUAAUGGAGUCCAAGGUGAAGCAGGCAUCGAUUGCCGCCCGUCGAGACCAAGAGCGAAUAAAGCGUCAAACUCGCGUAGUACUAGGCAACACCGAAAAGUCCACGCGUGGUGCCAUUAUCGGGCCCGGGCCUCUUUCAAAGAAAGAGAUGGAGCUUGUCACCGGCAAUAGUCGGGAUGAAGAUGCUGUGUACGAUCUACAUGGCCGCCGUCAUAGCUUGGAGGAAGCCAAAGUGACUGCAAAGGAGAGUGCAUUGGAGAGCGCAAUGCGUAAAGUCCGCCGCUUGCUGUUAUAUUCCAACGAAAGUGUCGACAUUUUCCGCCGAUACGAUCUCGAUCGAAGUGGGGCGCUGAGCUACAAUGAAUUCCAGCGUAUGCUUCGAGAAAAUGGUACUGGAGACUCGGCUGAGCUUACUAAAGAGCAGAGCAUGGCCUUCUUUACUCGGUUCGACGCCGACAACAGCGGAGAGAUAGAUUACCGUGAAUUGCUGUGGGGAUUUUUCAACUGGGAAGCGUUCUUAAAGCGAUGGUACGAGCGAAAGAGUGCAACUACAACUGCACCCUCGGAGCGCGAGGUGAGGCGAUUUUUCCUCAAAUACGACCGCUCCAGUCAAGGAGUAGUGACUAUCAAGCAGUUCCAGUUGGUCAUGGACUACCUUGGUGUUACCCUCAGCGAUGUAGACGCUAAAUUGCUCGCUGUAAAGUUUGAUACCGGAAAGGAUGGAUACAUCGACUACAAUAACUUCUUGAGCUGCGUGAAUCUGCCAGAGACUCAACAGGAUGUCGACUACAAGGAGGGUUUCACUGCAGAGACUACAUUGUGUCGUGAUACUGCACCACCUACUGGUAUGGAACGUAUUUGGAAGGAGCUGCAAAAUCUGUCAGAAACGCAGGCCAAGCUGCAUCGCCUUCUUCGAAAGUGA